UUCGCCGCGCUCGUGGUCACGUAUCGUGGUUCUCGGUCUCUAAAAAAUGCGUGAAAAAUAUGUUGGAUGCUGCUUUCUCUGGUGCUUAUUCCUCGCGUAUCACGUGGUCAGCGAGACACCGUCGACGGUAAAUACAAACGAUGUUCUCGUGUACACCGUUGCCAGUAAUGAAACGGACGGUUAUAAGAGGUACCUGCGUUCGGUUGACGUCCAUGGGUUCCGCGAUAACCUGAUUGUGCUCGGUUUGGGAGAGCCCUGGGAAGGUGGUAGUAUGACCAGUACUGGAGGAGGAUACAAGGUUAAGCUUCUGAAGGAAGCCCUACAGGAUUAUCAAGAUGACCAAGAUAAAAUUGUGCUAUUUACAGACAGUUACGAUGUAAUAUUCCUGAGUGGCUUAGAGGAGAUCAUCAACAGGUUCAGGAGAACGAAAGCCAGAAUUUUGUUCUCUGCGGAGGGACACUGUUGGCCAGACAGAUCAUUGGCAUCCAAGUAUCCUCCUGUAACCCGUGGGAAACGUUUUCUAAAUUCCGGCAGUUUCAUUGGUUAUGCUUCGGAUGUCUAUGCGAUUAUAACUUAUAAUCCCAUUAAAAAUAAAGACGACGAUCAGCUGUUUUAUACUAAAGCGUAUCUCGACGUCACUUUAAGGGAGCAACAUAAAAUUAAAUUGGAUCACAAGUCCGACAUAUUUCAGAAUCUCUACGCUGCUGUAGCCGACGUGGAAUUGAAGUUCGAAGGUGGAAAAGCUUCUCUUAUGAACACUGUGUACAACACGGAACCUUUGAUACUCCAUGGCAAUGGUCGCAGCAAGUUGUCCUUGAAUUCGUUGGGUAAUUACUUGGCCCAGGCUUGGAACCCUGAAGAAGGAUGCGUGAUGUGCUGGGAAGAGACAAUAGAGUUGGAUAAAACAUUACCUGAGACGUAUCCAGUUUUAGUAAUCGCGAUAUUCAUUGAAAGGCCAACUCCGUUCUUGGAGGAAUUCUUCAUGGAUGUGUACAAACUGUUGUAUCCGAAAUCGAAACUGCAUCUGUUUGUCCACAUCAACGUGAAGUACCAUCAGGACACCGUGGAUAGGUUCAUGAGGAAGUACGCGACAGAAUACAGAAGCAGCAAGCAGAUCCUUGCCAGCGACCGUGUUGACGAGGUCGACGCAAGAAACAUUGCCAUGGAUUAUUGCUUGUUGAAGGAAUGCGACGGAUAUUUUUCCAUUGACUCGGUCGCUCACCUGGACAACGAUUACACGCUGAAACUUCUGGUGGAACAGCAACGUGGAAUCGUCGCGCCGUUGCUGGUCAGGCCGUACAAAAUGUGGAGCAAUUUCUGGGGCGCGAUUAUGGAUGACGGAUUCUAUGCAAGGAGCUUCGACUACAUGGAGAUCGUGAAGAAUGAAAGAAGGGGACUCUGGAAUGUACCCUUUGUCAGUAACUGUUACUUGAUUAACGCCACGUUGAUUAGGAACAAAGCGACUCGUCCAUCGUACUCUGAACGAGAUUUAGAUACAGACAUGGCCUUUGCCCACGCAAACAGAGAACGAUCUAUCUUCAUGUAUGUCAACAACAGGGUGGACUUCGGGCAUCUCGUUAAUCCAGAUAAUUACGACAUUUCCCUGACCAAUCCGGAUCUGUACCAGAACCUGGACAAUAAGUUGGAUUGGGAGAAAAGAUAUCUCCACGAGGAUUAUUCCGAGAACUUUAAUCCUGAAAAAACUCCCGUGCAGCCGUGUCCAGAUGUGUAUUGGUUCCCAAUAGUCAACGAAAGGUAUACAAAGGAACUGGUGGAGGUUAUGGAGGCGUAUGGGAAGUGGUCAGACGGGACAAAUAAUGAUCCCAGGUUAUCGGGUGGUUACGAAAACGUGCCAACUCGUGACAUUCAUAUGACACAAGUGAACUAUGAAUCUCAGUGGCUAUACUUCUUAAAGGAGUACGUUAGACCUUUGCAGGAGUUCGUGUUCACCGGAUAUUUCCACGACCCACCUCGUGCUCUGAUGAACUUCGUCGUGAGAUAUCGCCCAGACGAACAACCAUCCUUGAAACCACACCACGACAGUUCUACCUAUACGGUCAACAUAGCUUUGAACAGGGCGGGGGUAGAUUACGAGGGUGGAGGCUGCAGAUUCAUUCGGUACAAUUGUUCCGUGACGGAUACCAAACCUGGCUGGAUGUUGAUGCAUCCUGGAAGGCUUACACAUUAUCAUGAGGGGCUGAGAGUAACAAAUGGCACUCGAUACAUCAUGAUUUCGUUCGUUGAUCCUUGAUCAGCUGUACAGGUUAUAGGACAUUGUCGAUAAUAAUUGAAACAUGGGAAUGUAUUAUCAUUAGGAAUGAGAAGGAAACCGUGUGUAGAUAGUGUCUAAAUGUGGCCUCGAAUAAUUCUUGUCGUUCGAGACCAUCUGCAUGCGACAAGAAUCGUUUAGAGCUGUAUGUACACACAUGUUAACCUAUCGAGUAGCAAUGUUUAUCGAAAUUAAUCGGGAAUUUAACGGUCGAAGUGAAUUACAAACUUGCUUAAGGAAAAAAAAACCACCUGUCUCCCUCGGUAAUGUUAUUUUUCUAAUACGAGAAUAGACCACACGGAAGAAAUUAGUAAUCGUAAGUGUUUGUACGGAAAUAAAAACUAUUAGGUUGCAUUUGUACUCGUACAUUGUCUCUUGGUAAGAUA